GUUUGCAGCAUCUCGUCAUCAGUUGAACGAAUAACGUUGUGCGUCGAUGUUCAAGUUUGUCAUUUACAUCAGUGUCUGCACGUUGGCUGUUACUGGUCAACGUGCAGAUGAAGCUGUAAUUUCGAACAGACGAGCACUUGAAGCUUCAGAAAUACGAGUGGUUGUCACAUCAAGUCCAUGUUCAAAUGAAACUUUUCGUUGGAACAGCGAGAAACGAUUCAUAGAGGUAUGCAAUGGUGUUCAGUGGGUUGGAGUUGAUAGCUGUUUCAAUGUAUGGGGCUCAAACUUCAACCCUGGAGCAUCAUGCAAACACCUCAAACAACAAGGAGUUGAAAAAAACGGCAUUUACUGGAUACAGCCACCAGGAGCUACGUGUCCCUUUCAGGCUUACUGUGACAUGAAAACAGAUGGAGGUGGUUGGAUGCUGCUGUAUGCAUACAAACACAGAGGAGGAACCAAAUAUGAUCUCGUUACUGCAUUGCCAACCAGCCCUGAUGGAUACUCACAUCAACUGCUCAACAACAUGGGAAUAUCUGCAGGGUGGGCACAAGAGUUGAGAUUUUACUGUACAACAAGCCACCACAACAGAGUCGUUCAUUUUAAAACAAACAACAGAAAUAUUAUUCAAACUGCUUAUGAUGGAAAGAAACAUUUCUCUGUGUCAGACUGGAGCUCAAAAACUGAAAAGUUGACUGGACAUACAGCACACCUUCCAGAUGCAACCACUCAUAUUUGGGCUGUUACUCAUCAAACAGCAGGAUUUACAGACUUUCCUUUUUACCGUAGUGGCUAUCAUUGGGGAAUUGGACCCAAAUAUGCGCCAGCAGGUCGAUUUGAGUGUGAUGACUUUCCAAACAACUACAAUUAUGACACUCUCCAUCGUGUGUUUGUCAGAGACUAGACUGCAAAAGCAAUACUGCUGACUAUAGGCUGUUACGUGUAUGUAUUGCAAUAGACAAGUUGUGCAUGCAAUGAUCUAUAAUAAGCAUUUGCAAUACAAAACACGAUGAUUUACAAAAUGA